AUGAAACGAAGGUCCAAUUUCGACAGCGUCAAAAUACGCAAAUCUCCUCGACGUUCACGUCUCACUGAUGGGAUAUAUGGAAGUGCUUUCAUGUAUUUGAAAUUUGUUUGUAUAUGGGGUAUUAUCAUGGCAGCUGACUUUUUAUUAGAAUUUCGAUUUGAAUUUCUUUGGCCGUUUUGGCUUGUUUUACGAAGUAUUUGUGAUUCCUUUAAAUACCAAGGAUUGCUUUUCUCAAUCUUCUUUGUAUUUAUCGCAUUCGUAACCGAUUUGACAUGCUAUAUAUUACUACCAGUUCAAUGGUUGUUCUUUGCUGCAAGUAGUUACGUUUGGAUUCAGUACGUUUGGCAAACAGAACGUGGAAUCUGUCUUGGUACAGUUGUGCUCUGGGUGCUUUUCGUUUGGCUUGAAGCAUCAGUACGAUUACGUGAAAUCAAAACAAUCGAUCUCUGUCGACCAUUUGCUGCACAUUGUAUCGGCUAUCCAAUGGUAACGUUGGGUUUUGGUUUCAAAACAUAUCUUGCCUACAAAUGGCGUUUGAGAAAACAACGUGAAGUACGAAAAGUAAAUGAAAGUUACAUUCAAUUGAUCAAUCAAGCAUUACCAAUUGAAGUCCAACAAGAAGCUGAAAAAGAACGAUUAAGUCGUGAAAAGGGUACAUUUUCCGAAAAUUACGAUGAUGUAUCUCAACCUUCAGCAGAUGGAAAUUGUUCUUCAACUUCUUCGACGUUAUCGACCGUUGUUAUUAAUUCUAGUUCAAAUUCCUUAUCAAAUAAUUCAACAGUUAAUAAUUCCCAGCCCCCAUCGUCAACAUUUUGUAUAGUUUCCAAACGUUCAUCGAAAAAUAACCAGCCCGAUGGAUUAUCUUCGUCCACUUCAAACACAUUUGUACAGUCAGCCACUCGAAAUACUAAAAUGCAUUCAAUGACAACCACUCUAUCGACAACGAAUGGACACGAUGACAGUUCCUCUUCAUCUUAUAAACAACAAAAGCCGAAUUCAACUCUAAAUAAUGGUAAUAGUCAACCGCAGAAGAAACAGUCACAGAAAUCUUCGACAACUUCAACAGCGACAACAACAACGACGGCACAAAGUCGUCGACAAUCCAAAAAACAAGAACCACUCCAAACAGUAUCACGAGAUUCUUCGGUGUCACAUGUAAAUGGUUUCGGAACAAAUUCAUCAAUUGACAAUUCAGAUGCAGAUAAAGAUCUACAAAUCAAUAAACUGGAAGCUGAUGUUCAACGUUUGAUUCAAACUGUUGAAAAACAGAAAACAUCCGAAAUGCAACUACGCACACAAAUUUCUGAUCUAAAGACUAUUCGGAAAGAUCUGGAAGACGUUCGUAGUGAAAAUAGCGACAUCAAAACGAAAUACGACGCAGUUAGUGUUCAACGUCAACGUGAUAGACAGCGGAUAACUGAUCUCGAACGAAAUUUGAACGAGGAACGACAAAAUCGACAACGUUUAGAUUCACAAAUCAGAACAGAGAAAACAUUAACCAAGAAACUUCAAGAUGAUCUAGCAAAACUAAGUUUAACACCUAUAAAAAAUGAAUGUACAGAACAAUGUCUUAAACGCAAACGUGAUCUGGAGAAUGAAACACGUGAGAUUCGUCGACUACUCAAUGACAAAGAUGAACGAAUUCAACUAUUAGACAAUGAAAUCAAAGCUCUGAAAUAUCGUGAAUCUCAAACGGACACUGAAGUUCUCUACCAGCAUUUAGCACAAUUACAAGAGAGCAACACCAUCUUACAGGACCGUCUCAGCGCAGAAACCCGAAUAAAACUUGAUCUCUUCUCUGCACUUGGUGAAGUUCGACGACAACUUGAAAUUGCCAAUAAUACAGUUCGAGAGAAAGAACGCGAACUUACCGCUGCACUACAAUCUCAGAGCAAUUGUAUAUUCAAUGGACAUCCUCAUUCUGGACAUUCGUCACCAACACAUCAGUUGAUUGAUACAAACAACAAUCCGACAACAGCGACGCCAUCGUGUUCAUCAGCUCGGUUCUAUCCUCCGACAAAUGUCACACCACCACCAUUGCAAAACGCCGCAUCGGGUCUCGAUCCGAAUGCUCAAGAUUUCUGUCUAGCAACACAUUCGACAAGCAAUAAUUAA